AUGCCCCCAAGUUCCGAGAAAGUAAAGAGCUUCGUCGGGGAUUCGAGAGGUGCGAUCUUCAAGGACAAGAGUUUGGCUCUGCUAAUGGUAUUUUUCAAGCUUGUUCAACAACACUUGGCUUCGACUACCAAAAUCGAUGAUUCAACAGUGAGGAUAUCGGAGGAAGACAUGGAGAUUCCAUUUGUGGAUUUCUUGACAAAGAUGCGUUUGCCACCCAAAAUCAAUUUGAUCAUCUUGUAUGCCAUUGCGAUGCUAGAUUAUGAUCAAGACAAUAUAGAAACUUGUAGAGAUUUACUUAAGACCAAAGAGGGGAUUGAUCGAUUGGCUCUAUACAUUACAUCUAUUGGCAGGUUCUACGAAUGCCUAUUACUGCUCUGCAUCUAG